AUGAGGAGAGAUGAGUUCCUAAACAUAGAGCAAGGAAGGAUGUUUGUUGCAGCUUAUGAGGCCAAAUUUCGUGCAUUAUCCAAGUAUGCCACUCAGCUUUGCUUCAGUCCACAAGAGCAGAUUCGCCGCUUUGUAAAGGGAUUGAGGUCAGCUUUGCAGAUUCCAACUUUACAGGUAGCUGCUUCUGCAAAAUCUUUUCAGGAAGUGGUUGAUUUUGUUAUAGAGGUAGAGAAGGUGAAGCCGGAUGACUUCACCAAGGUGUCAAAGUUUAAGAAGUUUCGUAAGGGAGAAGCUAGAGGUAGAGGUGGUCAUGGUAGAAGCUGUCAUUUUGGAGGACGUGGUGGCCAAGGUAAUGGUGGUCACCAGUUUAGCCAGGGUGGCGGGAAAGUUGGAACUACUAGAGCGCAGCCCGACAGGGGCAAUGGACAAACAGGUGAUAGGGCCCAUUGUUAUGCUUUCCCCGCGAGGUCAGAGGUAGAGACAUCUGAUGCUCUUAUCACAGCUACUCUUCUGGUAUGUGAUCGCAUGGCAUAUGUAUUGUUUGAUCCUGGAUCCACAUUUUCUUAUGUAUCUUCCUUGUUUGCUACUGUUGAGAAGGUGUAUAGGUCUUGCCUUGUGGCUUUUAUGGGGAGCAAUACUUAUGUAUAUCUGAUUAUUCUAGAGAUGGUUGAUUUUGAUGUAAUUUUGGGUAUGACUUGGCUUUCUCCAAAUUUUGCUAUCUUAGAUUGUAAUGCUAAGACUGUGACCUUGGCCAAGCCUGGGAUUGAUCCACUAGUGUGGGAGGACCUGCCCAGUAUGCCACCAGAUAGAGACAUUGAUUUUUGUAUUGACCUGGAGUCGGGGACUCGCCCCAUUUCCAUUCCACCUUAUAGAAUGGCCCCAAUUGAGUUAAGAGAGUUAAAGGCCCAACUUCAGGAGUUGUUAGGUAAAGGUUUUAUUAGACCGAGUGCAUUUCCUUGGGCUGCUCCAGUUUUAUUUAUGAAGAAGAAUGAUGGUAGUUUUCGAAUGUGCAUAGACUACAUGCAGUUGAAUAAGUGGAGACAUUAUCUACAUGGGAUCAAGUGUGAAGUGUAUACAGAUCACCGCAGUUUACAAUAUGUGUUCACUCAGAAAGAUUUGAAUUUGAGGCAGAGGAGGUGGAUGAAGUUACUAAAAGACUAUGAUAUUUCUAUUUUAUACCACCUGGUGAAAGUUAAUGUUGUGGUAGAUGCCCUAAGUAGAAAAGAAGGGAGCAUGGGUAGUUUAGCCCACUUACAGGUUUCUAGACGCCUAUUGGCUAGAGAGGUUCAAACUCUGGCUAAUGACUUUAUGAGGCUGGAAGUACUUGAGAAAGGAGGAUUCUUGUCAUGUGUGGAGGCAAGAUAUUCUUUUCUUGACAAGAUUAAGGGAAAGCAGUUUGAUGAUGAGAAGCUGAGCCGAAUUCAAGAUAUGAGGCCUGGAGGGACACUUCAGAGAAUGCCCAUUCCUGAAUUGAAGUGGGAAAGAAUUGCAAUGGAUUUUGUGGUUGGUCUUCCAAAGACAUUGGGUAAGCUAGAUUAUAUAUGGGUAAUUGUUGACAGGUUAACUAAGUCUCCUCACUUUAUUCCGGUCAACAUGACUUACAAUGCAGAGAAGUUAGCCAAACUCUAUAUCCGUGAAAUUGUUCAAUUGCAUGGAGUUUCAAUUUCCAUCAUAUCAGAUAGAGGUACACAAUUUACUUCUAACUUUUGGAGGACCUUGCAUGCUGAAUUAGGUACUAGAUUGGAUCUUAGUACCAUAUUUCAUCCUCAGAUCGAUGGUCAAUCUGAGCGAACAAUUCAAGUGCUAGAGGAUAUGCUUCGUGCAUGUGUGAUAGAUUUUGGUGUUCAUUGGGAAUAG